CAGUAUAAAACUAGCAUUUGUUAUAUGUGUGUAUAGGUUGUGAUAUUUGAUUGCAAUGAUCAUCAUUUGAAUUGAUGACAUCCACAUCAAUAUUUUUAAUUGGUUACUACUUUUGUAAAUUGUGUCAAAUUAUUUCAUUAUAACAACAUUUUAUCACAAUUUGUUUGACUAUACAGUAAUGAAUAUUGAGUUAAAAGCUUGGAUUGAUGUGCAAUAAUCUGUUGCCAAUAGGAGUUGGAUCUCAAUAUUAUGUGAUAAAAGACUGGUUUUGAACACAUAAGACACUAAAACGCUUUCAAUUACUUCACAAGAAUUUGUCAAAAAAACGUGUUGUGCCUCACAUUUAUCGAGACUGUACUUCACUUAUUAAUAUAACUUAGAUUUUUAAUCAUUUAGUUGUGAUUUACUAUGAAUUCAGUGAAUAAAGAAGUAGUGAUCAUUGGAAACGGUCCGUCAGCCAUAACAUUAAGUUAUAUGUUAUCAGGCAAUUGGCCCUUUUAUAAGAAGGAUCAAACACUAAAUCCAAAUGAAUUCCUUCACCAAAGAUUAAUAGAUGACAGUGUCAUCAAUAAAUCAUUAGUAGAACAAGAUUUGGAAUAUUUGAGUGAUGGUCUUGAAGGUCGAUCGAUUAAUAAAGUAUCCCUUUUGUUGGAUCAGUUACAGCAUCCAGAAGCUGACUUCGGUGUCGAGAAUCCAUCGACACUCCAAUGGAAAUAUUUUCCCGAUAAAGCUAUUGAUCACGUGGUCAUUGGCAAAGGUCUUCCGGGCGGUGCCUGGCAUUCAAUGAAUGAUUGCAAAGAAAUUUUAACCAUAAGUUUGGGAUCUUGGAUGCAAUUACCAGAUAUGGAGAUAAGGGAAUGGUGUUCACAACAUAGGAGGGAAAGUAGAGUCAGUUUGUCAACUGUUGCCAACUAUUAUUACAAUUAUGUUAAAAAUAAAGAUUUAAUGAAGAACUUCAAGCACUUUUCGACUGUCACUUCUGUUAGAUUUGAUCGUCAAAUAAAUAAAUAUCAAAUCGAUGGCUACGAUUCCAAUGGCGAUGAGUUUAAAUAUCAAACUCCGCGGGUAGUGUUGGCCACCGGUAACUGUGAUCGUAUUAAUCGUUUAGGUGUUCCGGGAGAAGACCUGCCAUUUGUAUUACAUUCACUUAACGAAUUGGAACAACUUAUUGCUCAAUCAAAAGUAAAGUCCACUACAGAUCCCAUUCUCAUAGUAGGUGCCGGUCUUAGUGCUGCCGACGCUGUAAUUGCCGCCAGAUUUAGAAAAGUGCCAAUAAUUCAUGCAUUUAGAAGACAUCCCGAAGAUCCGGCACUGAUAUUCAAUCAGUUACCUGAAAACAUGUAUCCGGAAUAUCAUUCGGUUCACUCAAAAAUGAAGGCAAAGUCAUUGUCCAGCUCUGGAUAUGAAGCGUUACCAAUGCAUUGCGUCAAAGAAAUUAAAUCCAAUAAAGAAGUAAUUCUUGUCAACAGAAUUGGAGUCGACGACACUUGUCUAACAACUUCAGUCAAAAUUAAAGUUUCAUAUGUUUUGGUACUCAUCGGUAUGAAACCAAACCUAACAUUCGUCGAGAAAGACCUGUUAUGCAAUUUGGGAAUCAAGAAAAAUGAAGAUAUAUUUUCCCGAUCUAAUCCAAUAGCCAUAGACACGUAUACUCACGAAAGUCUGGUCGCACCGGGACUUUACGCAAUGGGACCAAUCAUUGGUGAUAAUUUUGUCCGUUUCGUACAGGGAGGCGCACUGGCCAUCACUAAUCAUAUCCAUCAACAGAAACUUUCAUUAUGUUAAUAAAAAGCUGUAAUUUUUAUAAUAAAAACUUCAUUGUCUCAUAUUUUAAUAAUACGUUAA